AUGAAGGAUGGUGAAGAAGUUUUAGAAGAAACGAAUGUCAGCUAUGGGUUUUGGCGCAGAAUAAAAAACACGCUGUUGAAACUAGAUGUCUUUGGGAUCCUUAACUCCCAAACAGCUCAUUUACCAGGAAAGAAGACAUCUUUUAACGAACCGACCUUAUUUCGAUAUAUAAACGUUAGAACAAAGUCAAAUGAAUUUCCAGUUUCGUUUACAGGAUGUGCUGUUCUAAACAAGAACAAAGUUCUAUUAGCUGAUUACAACAAUCGCACACUUACUGUCGUGGAUACAGAGAGUGAAGUAAUAAUAGAGAAGAAAUCACUAGACUCGGACCCGUGGGACAUUGCCGUACUACCACAAGACCAGAUUGCUGUUACAAUGCCUUACGAGAAGGAGAUUCUUGUAAUGUCAACAGCUGGUAAGCUGAUACCUAUCCGCACAAUUAAAGUGAAAGGAGAAUGUUACGGUAUAACGUAUGGUGAGGACCAUCUUUACGUUGUCUGCAAUCCUGCCAGUGUACUUUCAAUGGAUGUUCAAGGAAAUGAUCAGGUGAAUAUUUUCCAAAAGAGGGAAAAGUAUAAAAACCAUAAAGAUCUUCAUUAUUGUGUGUUAAGUGAUGACUGUAGUACAAUCUAUCUCAGUUCAUAUACUUCUCACUGUAUACUAAGAUUAACAAUAAAGGGUGAAAUAUUGUCCAUAAUCGGUUAUGGCGAUUUAAAAGAACCAGAAGGAAUGGUAUUAUUAGAUGAUGGAUCAUUGAUGGUAUGCAUCUAUAGAAAACAUGCAAUUGUACGCAUUUCUGGGGACCUGAAACACCGCCAGAAGGUAGUUAGAGUAGACAACCCACAAUCUAUAUGCUACAAUCGCCAUCAAGAAGAGGUAUAUGUUGGUACUUUUAACAGUGAACUGCUUUUGGUUUUCAGUCUAAAAUAA